AGCAAUCUGAGAUCUCUUUACAUUUAGCUUGAAUUCAUUUUUAAUCUUUUAACAACAGCAGUAAUACUGUCUUAGAGAGGGUGCACUUGAUUUUAAUUUUGCUUUCAAUAUGACGGCUAUCAAUGUUGCCCUGGUUCGUGAUACCAAGUGGCUGACUUUAGAAGUCUGUAGGGAAUUUCAGAGAGGAACCUGUUCUCGAGCUGAUGCAGACUGCAAGUUUGCCCAUCCACCAAGAGAUUGCCAUGUGGAAAAUGGCCGUGUGGUGGCUUGUUUUGAUUCUUUAAAGGGUCGGUGUGCUAGAGAGAAUUGCAAGUACCUUCACCCUCCUCCACACUUAAAAACGCAGCUGGAAAUUAAUGGACGGAACAAUCUGAUUCAACAAAAGACUGCCGCAGCCAUGUUUGCCCAGCAGAUGCAGUUUAUGCUCCAAAAUGCUCAAAUGUCAUCAUUUACUUCCUUUCCUAUGACUCCAUCACUUGCAGCUAAUCCUACCAUGGCUUUCAAUCCUUACUUAACUCAUCCUGGAAUGGGCCUGGUUCCUGCCGAACUUUUACCAAACACACCUCUUCUGUUUUCUGGAAACCCGACUCUCACAUUGCCAGGAGCUGCUGGUCCAAAACCGAUGCGUUCAGAUAAACUGGAGGUUUGCCGAGAAUUUCAGCGUGGAAAUUGUACACGUGGUGAAAAUGAUUGCCGCUAUGCUCAUCCUACUGAUGUUUCUAUGAUUGAGUCAAGUGAUAAUACUGUGACCAUCUGCAUGGAUUACAUCAAAGGCCGAUGCUCCCGCGAGAAAUGCAAGUACUUUCAUCCUCCCGCACACUUGCAAGCCAAACUCAAGGCAGCUCAUCACCAGAUGAACCACUCAGCUGCCACUGGGACGGCCCUACAGCCUGGUGCAUUUCAACUGAUACCAAAGAGAUCGGCACUUGAAAAGACUAAUGGUGCCGUCCCGCUCUUUAAUCCCAGUGUUUUCCACUGCCAACAGGCUCUGACUAACCUGCAGCUCCCACAGCCAGCCUUUAUCCCUGCAGGGCAAAUACUGUGCAUGGCACCUGCUUCAAGUAUUGUGCCCAUGAUGCACGGUGCUACACCUACCACUGUGUCUGCAGCAACAACACCUGCCACCAGUGUUCCCUUCGCUGCAACAGCUACAGGCAAUCAGAUACCAGCAUUAUCAAUAGAUGAACUGAACAGUAGCAUGUUUGUUUCACAGAUGUAGAAGUUACCAAUAGAACAUUGAAAUUCUGAACAACAGAGUUAUGGAUUAUCAGAAUCUCUCCAUGAGAACCUCCAUAUGGCCUUUCUAUAUGUAGUAUUGUCCUCUUCUACCAACACAACAAUAAGCAUCAUGCAGUCAAUAUAUUAAACAAACAAAAAUGCCAACCAACAAAUUCAAAUUAAGAAGAAAGCAUUAAAUAAUCAAUGGAGAUGUCAAAACAAAACAUGAAUAGAAAACUACCAUCUAUCUUAUUUGAAUUAUUAGGUAGAACACUACCAUAAAAUUUUGUAAUUUGUCACACUGUUCUUUGUGAUUUUCUAAUAACUAUUAGGCUGAGUAAAUCUUCACAGUGGAUUUUUGGCUUACUGUGUAUUCUUGGUGGGUAAUGUUCAUCUG